CCCUCGACACGGACACCUGUGUGACGCUGUGUCUGUCAAAUGAACCAGUGCUACUAGUUAUAGCUAGGCUCCGGUAGUCUUAUAAGCCAUCUCGCAGCGCUUGAUACCUUUGUUCUUCACUCCCAGCUUGCUAGUCAUGCAUUUUACUUUUAUUUCUUUCCUGUUGCUUGCUGGUCAAGCCCUCUCAUUGUCUAUUAAUGUUGGUGGUUCUGUUGGAACUAUCGAUGCGACCCAAUUCCUCAACGUCUCCGAUACAUACCUUUUGACCGAUUGUCAGACUCAAUGCUCCAACGCCAACGCUCAAAUCUCCAUGUGCACAACCAAUGAUUCUUGUCUUUGUGCAUCCAACACAGUCACCGCCAUCACCUCCUGCGAGCAAUGCAUGUUCGACGACUUGAUCGCAAAGUUCACAACUAGCGCUGAUCCCCGUGCUGGUUCAACCGCUGCUCUUACUGCAUACGCCACCGCGUGCUCAUCCGCAGGUUUCACAGUCCCUUCCUCCCUCGUUACCUUGUCCAUCCCUUCCAAUUGGGAUGGUCCUCUCGGAGUUUCCCUGAGCACAGCGUCGACUGUCGUGAUCGUUGCCAUUACUGCAGCCCUAGGUACAGGCAGUCUCCUCCUCUUGUCUAACUUGUGAAGGAACCAAGACGUCAGCCUGAGUGUUAGCUUGCUCUGCCAUUCGUUACAUGUUAUGUAUACUUGAUGGAAUAAUACAUCACGCCUGUCGUUUCACCAAA